AUGAUGCUCUCGUUGUUUGUGGCCUCUCGCUGUUUCUUCAAAUGUCUUUGAUUAAACCGGAUGUGAUGAUGUGAUCUCAUGUUUACGUAUCACAUACCUUAGUUGCUAUAAAGUGAUCUUUUCAGGCUUUUAGUUAAAACGGACACCAGACGUAUUAUAUGAUCGUUUUUAUUCUUGUUUUAGCGUAGAAACUGCGGCGCUGACGAGGUCAUUGUGACAAAUUGUUAUUCGGGGCUGUCUGCUCUAUUGCAAGCUACAUUGCUAGCAUUGAUUAGCUACCUGCCGAAAUCUGUAGACAAAAAGCGACCCAGAGACAGACAGCCAUUAUUUGAUCGCCCUAGCCUGCCCUCGUAUGUACUGAAAGUAGUCAUGGCAACUAGGCGCCUGACCGAUGCCUUCUUAUUAAUGCGGAACAAUGCGAUCCAAAACCGACAGAUAUUGGCUGAGCAAGUGAGUACAUAUGAGCCCCGUCGUACUCUGAAUACACGUAGCAAUGCUGCGCUGGUUGAUGAUCGAAUGGCUCUGGUACCUGGAAUUAGUUUGGAUCCAGAGGCUGGCAUCGGCGUCACUAAAAGGCUCUCACCCAAAUGGAUAGAAGGUGUGGAUGAGAUUCAGUAUGAGAUCACACGUAUACGGCAGAAAAUGAAGGAGCUGGCAGGUCUGCAUGAUAGACACAUGAAUCGGCCUACACUGGAUGACAGCACUAAGGAGGAACAUGGCAUUGAAAUCACCACACAGGAAAUCACACAGAUGUUUCAUCGCUGUCAGCGUGCAGUAGUGGGUCUGCAGUCUCGGUCUGUUCACUGUACAGAACAGGAAGGAAGGCUGCUCAGAAACGUCAUCUCCUCAUUGGCACAGAGCCUUCAGGAGCUCUCAACCAAUUUUAGACAUACACAGUCCAGUUACCUAAAACGCAUGAAAAAUCGUGAAGAAAGGUCAAAGCACUUCUUUGACUCUGGUCCCUUGAUGGAGGAAGAUGAAGGCAUAGCACUUCAUGACAGGGGUUUUACAGAUGACCAACUUGCUCUGGUGGAACAAAACACAGUAAUGGUGGAAGAGAGGGAGCGAGACAUCCAGCAAAUUGUACAGUCUAUCUCUGAUCUUAAUGAGAUUUUUCGAGAUCUUGCUAGCAUGGUGGUAGAGCAGGGUACAGUUCUUGACCGAAUUGACUUCAAUGUGGAGCAAGCCUGCAUCAAAACGGAAGAUGGACUGAAGCAGUUACAAAAGGCUGAACAAUACCAAAAGAAAAAUCGAAAGAUGCUGGUGAUUUUAAUCCUUUUUGUCAUAGUUAUUAUUCUAAUUCUUGUUCUGUUUAUGACAAAGUUUUAACGAUGCAGUUAAUGUUUCCCCAUUUAAAGAAGCAAGGCCUUUUGUGUCAACAUCCUGUGAGCCAUCAAUUAUCACAUAAACUCCUUUUAUAGAAACCACACCAACUACUACUGUUCUUGUGUAGAAUUUGGAGUUUCUGAUAAAUUCUGAUAAAUGUCUUGAGCAGGGUAUAGCUGUCCCUUACACAGAAAAGCAAGCUAUUGCUUGUGCUUGAAUUAAUUGUUUUCUGUAAUUGUUUAAGUUGUCUUGUUCUCAGCAAGGACUGUAGUUGUAAGUAAAAUGGCAGCUUUUGCUAUAGUCUAGUUUUGUCUGUUUUUUUUUGUUUUUUUUAUCCAAAAUAUUCCGUUUGCAUUCAUUCAUUGCCCUCAAUUUCAUUUCAGAGCAGAAAGCAGAGACAUACAUAAAAUAACAAUUCUUUAGAUGUUGGCCCUUUAAAAUGGAGCCAUAGUAUCUGGUAUUGUGGACAGUUCCUGAACUUGAUAUCAGAAUUUUCUAAUGAUUAAGAUGGCUGAGGAAACAUGAGGAAAAUAGUUUCAUAAGUGACCAAAUUAAAUUUUGAUCCAGAGAGACCUAAACAAAUGACCUUGUGAACAAAUGAGCUUCACGUUCCAUAAACCAUAGCUUUGUUUCCAUCUGUUUGGGUGCUGUCAUUAUUUAAGGUUGAAUGAUUCUUUUGAUAAUCACAUAUAUAUGUGAUUUAUUAUUUAUUUUAUUUAGUUUACCCACCCCCUCUUUCCCCACUGUCUCAGUCCAGGGAACUAUUUGUAAGGGUUGAAAAAGUGACUAAAUUUAUUUAUUGCCUUUGUUUGUCUCUGGUUAAUGACCCUGCCACCUUUGUCAAGCUGAUCUUUGACCAAACACUACUCAGGUCUAUGUGACUGUACUACUGAUGUGUUCUGUACAAUAUAAAAUCAAUUAAAUUUAAAUUAUUUAUUAUAAAUACAAAGAAUACUAUAUGGCCCAAUCUAUUUGGUCACCUGACCAUCAUACCCACAUAUUCUUGUUGAACAUGUAUCUUUGCUGCUAUGACAUCCUCCACUCUUUUGAGAGUUUUUUUUUAAUCUAGAUUUUAUAAUGUGGCUAUGGGAAUUUCUGCUCAUUUAUCUACAAGACCAUUAGUGAAAUUAAACAAGAAGGUUUCUCAGGACAGUCAAAAUUCCAGUUAAUCCAAAAGGCCACUAGAGUUCUUCACAGCACCCUUGGCAGACCAUGUGUUGAUGGAGCAUUAUUUGUGCAUAGGGGCAUUGUCAAACUGAAAUAAGUUUAUGUUAAACCCUAUACCUUAUAGUUAGUUGCAUCGUACAGACACAUUCUAGAGAAUUAUGUGCUUUCAAGUUUGUUGCACAGUUUGGGGAAGGCCCAGUGUAGGAGUGCUGGUCAGGUGUUCAAAUUCUUUUGGCUGUAUAGUAUUUAUGAAGUGUGUUAAGAAUAAAGUCUGUCUGUCUUCAGUGUGUGUAGUGAAAAAACUUGUGUUUUGUGCUUGUUCAAUUAUUUAGACGUAUCUUUUUGUUUGUUUCAAGAGUUUCAUAUUCUUUCAUGAAGAGGUCUGUUUGUGACCCCAAACUUUAUGAAAUCCCACAAUUUGAAAAGGUCUUUACUUUAAGAAGAGGGGGAGUAAUUAUUAAUCAUUGUUCAGCAUCCAAGUCAGCAUUUUUUAUUUUUAUUCUUGAGGUUGUGUGUACAACUGCUUCAUCAGUAUCAAACUAUAUCUGCUAUUUUCCAAGGAAUGAAUAUUGGACAGUUUGUAAGGAAAUUAACACAAAGUAAUUUUGUGUUUGUUAUUUUGAAGAUAUUUCAAAGAUGUUUAAAUCAUGAAUAAUAAAUGAUUAGUCAUUCUGAA